AUGGCCAAGGCCUCUGUUGAGGGGAGCGAAUGGCGCCCCACGAGCGCGGAAGCAGAAAUCCAGCGUAUCCUAUCCGAGAACAACAAUUACUAUCUGGUCCUGCACGUAAGACCCAGUGCAGAUGUCAAUGAAAUAAAAAGAAAUUAUAAGAGGCUCUCGCUACUUUUGCACCCGGACCGCUGUAACUUACCGCGCGCCAAGGAGGCGUUCCAGGAGGUCAAUAUUGCGCAUACAACGCUUACUAAUCCUGUGAAGCGGAAGAUGUACGACUUGUACCUGGGCGAUCGCCUACAGGGCACGGGGGCGACGGAGAGUUACACUGAGUGGGAGGCACGUAUGGCCCAAGGGCCGGCUGUUCGGAUACCUGGUUGGCUUCUCUUCAUUUUGCGCCUCCCAGUAGUUGGUCUGGUCGUCGCUAUCCUGCUUGUGGUGCUUCUAGUUCCGCUGUUGUUGGUAUUGCUUAUUCUUAUGUUUAUUCUCGCGAUCGUGUGCUUCCCAUGCGGUCUCUUGAGCAUGUCACGAAGACCUCAGAACUCCGACAAUGCUGAUGAAGGCGAAACGGUGAACAACCAGGUCUAG